AUGGCGGCCCCCGUCCUCCCCCUGACGCAGGUCAAGCUGCCCGAGCUGCCCGCAUCGCCACUAAGCCCCGAGCAGCUCCACUGGAAGACCUUCAAAAAUCCUCUCCUCAUCCCAUCACCAGCCAACGGCCCCGUCAACUUCAUCACACAACCCUCUGCGCCCUCCUCCGCGACCGCGUUCCCCUCGCUCACACAGCCCCCCGAUGUCUUCACUGUUACAACCGGCGCCCGCGUCCAGAUCUACUCUAUCCGCACACGAAAACUGCUCCGAACGAUCACACGGUUCGACGACACCGCGCGCGGCACAGACGUCCGUCCUGAUGGCAGGAUUCUAGUGGCGGGUGAUGACACGGGUACGGUACAGGUGUUUGACGUGAGCUCGCGCGCGAUUCUGAAAACGUGGAAGGACCACAAGCAGCCGGUUUGGGUGACCAAGUUCUCACCUAGCGACCCGACGGCUGUUCUGUCGGCGAGCGACGACCGGACGGUGCGGCUGUGGGAUCUGCCUAGUGAAAGCAGUGUCAAGAGCUUUGUGGGACACUCCGACUAUGUGCGCACGGCAGCGUUCAUGCCGGGGUCGUUGGCUUCGUCCGGCUCUUUGCUUUCUGGUAGUUACGAUCGAACAGUGCGUCUUUGGGAUCCCCGUAUGGAAGGCCGAUCCGCCAUGACGUUCAAGAUGGGCGCGCCGCUGGAAACUGUCCUCCCUAUGCCGACCGGAACGACAGUGCUCGCCGCGGCGGACAACAAGAUUGCGGUGCUGGAUAUCGUCGCCGGGAAGCCCCUGCAUAUGAUCCAGAGCCAUCAGAAGACAGUCACAUCACUUUCCCUUGCGUCGGAUGGCCAGCGGUUACUUUCCGGUGCUCUGGAUGGCCAUCUCAAGAUCCACGAAACGACCGGCUGGAACGUCGUCGCUGGCUUCAAGUACCAGUCUCCUAUCCUUUCCCUCUGCGCAAUCACCUCCGGAGCCGCCCGCGAAGACAAGCACAUCGCCGUCGGUAUGCAAUCCGGUUUACUGUCCAUCAAGACCCGUCUCUCCGGGCAACAAAAGGCGCGCGAACGCGAGCGCAAGAAGGAAAUGGAAGCCCUGCUGGAAGGCAAGAUCGAAGAAUACGACAAGAAGAAGAACAAGGACAAGAAACGCCAGGGCUCCGCCUGGGCCCGGAGGUGGCGCGGUCUGGAUUUCGUCGGCGAAGGCGUGGACAUCAUCAUCGACGGAAACGAGGCGAAGAGGCGCAAGAAGGAGAAGGGGUGGGAGCUUGAUCUGCGCAAGGGUCGCUACGCUGCUGCGCUCGACACGGUCCUGUCAUCGGCUGACAGGAUUGCUCAACUCACGCUUUUCUCAGAGCUGCGGCAUCGCUCGGCGCUUCGUGCGGCGUUGCAGGGCCGUGACGAGGUUACGCUCCAGCCCGUGCUGCAGUGGGUGUACAAGAACAUUACGGAACCGAGACUGGUUAGGCUGAGCGUGGAGGUUGGGAUGAAUCUGCUCGACAUCUACUCCGGGAACCUGGGACAGUCCGAGCAGAUCGAUAAGAUGAUUGAGCGGCUGCAUUGGCGGGUCAGGGAUGAAGUGGACUAUGCGCACCAGGCAUUUGAGACGAAGGGGAUGCUGGAUAUGCUGCGUGCUUAG